AUGGAAACAACAAUACAGCAUCCGGGUUCCAUUCUCAUAAGGACAACAGGUGCGUUCAUAGUGGACGACGUGCUCUAUGAGGACUCGAGUAAGAUCCCCGAGACAAGCGAUAUAGCGCUGCCUUUCCAGACGCACGACAUCUCACACAUUGCCGUGGACAUUGGUGGGUCGUUGGCGAAGAUUGUCUACUUCACCAGCAACGAAAGUACAGAGAAGAUUGACGACUUUAUACAGUUCAUCCACAAGCUGAUCAAGUUCUACAAAAAGAAGGUCCACAUCAUGGCCACGGGUGGUGGAAGCGUGAAGUUUUACGACAAGCUGAAGUCCGACCUGGGCGUUGAUGUUACUAAGGAGGAUGAAAUGGAGUGCCUGAUUGUUGGAUUGGACUUCUUCAUCACAGAGAUACCGAAUGAGGUAUUCAUGUACACGGAACAGAACCCGAUGCAGUUUGUCAACGAUAGGAAGGAGAUUUAUCCAUACCUCCUAGUCAAUAUCGGCUCUGGAGUCUCCAUGAUUAAAGUCACUGGACCGUCGACGUUCACCCGUGUUGGUGGCUCAUCGUUGGGAGGUGGUACUCUGUGGGGGUUGUUAUCGCUACUCACAGAUGCUUCUUCAUACGAUGAAAUGCUCGAUAACGCUGCCCAGGGUGAUAACACCAACGUUGACAUGUUGGUUGGUGACAUCUAUGGAACAGAUUACAACAAGAUUGGGCUCAAAUCGACAACCAUCGCAUCAUCCUUUGGUAAAGUGUUCAAUAACAAAUUUGGCAACAGCAGUGAAGAGAGAAAGAGCCAUUUCAACCCUCAAGACAUAUCCAGAUCGCUGUUAUACGCCAUUUCAAAUAACAUUGGACAAAUUGCAUACUUGCAGGCUAAGAUUCACAAUUUGAAACACAUAUACUUUGGAGGUUCCUACAUCAGAGGACAUCCACAGACGAUGCAUACGCUGUCGUACGCCAUCAACUUCUGGUCUCAAGGAGAGAAAACGGCGUACUUCCUGAGACAUGAAGGCUAUCUCGGUGCAGUCGGUGCAUUCCUCAAGAGACAGCCGACAGGCUGGGGGAGAAGAGCAUCAUCAUCAUCAGAUAAAACUCAAGAGGAAUCAUGA